UUAGUUUUUUAAUUUUUUUUAAAUUUUGAUAACAGAACAUUUAGUUAGUAGUUCUACUGACUGUUGAUUCUGUAAGCACAAAGUCUCACAAUUGCUGUUAAUUCUAACAAACUCUUUCCACAUUAUCCAAAUCCAAGAGCUAUGUCUUCUCCGGCACCGGCCGCGAAUGCCGGAUCUUUAACAUUACCGCCGGAACUACCCACGCCAUCACCCGGAAAUGACGAAGUUACCCCUCCUCCAGCACCAGCUAUCACAUUACCAAUAUCAGUUCCUUCACUUCCACCAGUGGCUGCACCACCACUACCACUUAUAGUAGGAGGAGGAGGAAUAACACCUUCUCCAACUUCUCCCAUUCUUUCCCCUCCUCCUCUUCCUACACCAACAUUAUCUCCGACAUCUCAACCACAACCACAACCACAACCACAACUACCGCCAGAACUGCAGCCACAACCACAAUCGCCACCACAGCUGCAGCCACAACCACAAUUGCCACCACAGCUGCAGCCACAACCACAAUUGCCACCACAACUGCAACCACAACCGCAACCGCAACCGCAGCCACAGCCACAACCACCUGUCACUUCACCAGUACCUACAACUAAAAACAUUCCACCACCGGAAAGAAUAAACCCGCCAAAUAUUAUUUCUCCUCCACUUGGUAAACCAAUUAAUAUAAAACCACCACAAAAACAAACACCACCCAAAAAAGAAACAUCACCACCAAAUAUUAUUUCUCCUACACUUAGUAAACCAAUUAACAUUAAACCACCAUCACCUACUAGUAAUCCAACCCUUACUCCGUCACCACCAUCGACACCAGUAUCAUCCCGGCGACAUAUUACCCGGCCCACCACUCAGCCAAGCCCAUCUCAAACAAGCCCAAUAAGGACUAAAACAACUCCUACAACACCACUACCACCAUCACCCCUUCCUACUUCCGCCGUUCUUCCUUCUUCACCACCUGUUGCUCUUCCAGUCCCACAGUCGCCGGGUGGUGGGGCAUGGAUUCCCUUCUCGACAGAAUCUCCAACGCCGCUUCCUUUACUUCCCGGCGCAUCACCUGGGACGUUAAGUUCCCCUGCAGUUCAUGGUAGUAACAAUGGCGGCGUAGCAUCGUCAUCGUCGUCGUCAUCAAGUGAUCAUCAGAACAUUCAGGCUGCUGCUGUUGAACCUAAUAAGGGGUCUAAUAAUGGAGCUAAUGGGUUUGUUGUGGGAUUGGCUGUUGGUGGGGUUUUGCUUCUGAUUCUUGGAGUAGCCAUUGGUAUUCUGCUUGUCUUCUGUAAGAGGAGAGAGAAGAAAAAUAAGUUGGGUGGUAAUGGAUCAGGAAGAAAGUAUUCAACAUCAUUCAUUGGAUAUCAAGAAAAAAGUUCACUACCCCAGUACACAAAGCAGGGUUCUAAUAACACCAAUGGGUUUCAAAGUAUGAUGAAUGUUAAGGGACCAAGCAUGGAUAACAGUGGGACCCCUCCGGUGCUUACGGGUUCAAAUCCCGGGAGUGGGCACGGCCUAUCAAGCGGAACUUUCACUUACGAAGAGUUAACGAGGGCCACGAAUGGUUUCUCGAAGCAGAUGAUGCUCGGACAAGGCGGUUUUGGGUACGUGUUCAAAGGGGUCCUUCCUAAUGGUAAGGAAGUUGCAGUUAAACAGCUGAAGAUGGGAGGCCCUCAAGGUGAAAGAGAGUUCAGUGCCGAGAUUGAGACAAUUAGUCAAGUUCAUCAUAAGCACCUUGUUUCCUUGGUUGGGUAUUGCAUUUCUGGUGCUGAGAGACUGCUUGUUUAUGAGUUUGUGUCUAACAAUACAAUGGAUUUCCACUUACAUGGAGAAGGGCAACCUGUUAUGGACUGGCCUACUAGAUUGAAGAUCGCGAUAGGUUCUGGAAAAGGAUUAGCAUAUCUACAUGAAGAUUGUAGUCCUUCUAUCAUUCAUCGGGAUAUCAAAGCAGCUAAUAUCCUUAUUGACAUUAACUUUGAGGCAAAGGUUUCUGACUUCGGACUGGCAAAGAUUUUCUCAAGUAGUAAUUCUUCUGUAACCCACAUGACAACUCGAGUUGUAGGAACUUUUGGGUAUUUAGCUCCAGAAUACGCAUCAAGCGGUAAAGUUACUGAUAAAUCAGACAUAUAUUCAUAUGGGGUUAUGCUCCUUGAACUUAUAACUGGCCGCCCACCUAUCAGCAAUUUUGGAUCUGCUACUUGUGGAAGCUUGGUUAAUUGGGCUCGGCCCUUGUUGGCACAAGCUAUUGGAGAUGGAAAAUUUGACAGUCUUGCAGAUCCAAAGUUAGAAAACAAUUAUGAUGUCGAUGAGAUGGCUAGUAUGGUGGCCUGUGCUGCUGCAUGUGUUCGUCUUUCUGCAGGGCGUAGACCAAGAAUGAGCCAGGUGGUACGUUCCUUGGAGGGAAACUUGUCGGCAUCAGAGCUUGAUGAUGGAAUCAGACCAGGACAAAGCGAGAUACAUUUUCCCUACGAAAGCUUAGAUUCGGAUGCACGAAACUACAUGGAAGAUAUGAAGAGAAUGGCAUUGACGAACAAUAAUAGUUAUACAACUACUACCACCAGUAGGUACAGCCAGAACACUAGUGAAUAUGGUCUUCACCCCUCUGCCUCAAGCACUGAUACUUCCCAACUCAAUAAGUCAAGAGGCUGAUCUCUUUUAGCUUAUGCUAGCUACGUAAAUAUGGAUAAGUGUAAGGAACAGGGAACCAUAAGCUAAAAGAGUAACAAAACGCGGUGAUUUAGGAUUAGUUUGAUUUUCUAUCAAAUACUGAUAGAUAUUUCCUUUAUAUUCUUCGUUUUGUUUGGAGAUGAGGAAAGAUUUGUUUGCUGUGAAAACUAGGAUUAGUUGGAUUUUCUAGUAAAUAUUCAUUUACCAAAAAUGCAAGUUCCUCUUAGGAGUGAUCGAUCGACAUGAACAAAUUAAUGAAAGGAAAUAGAUUUCAAUUUGCAAA